AUGCGAAAUCCCCAGAUUCUGCCAUGCGACCACAGCUUCUGUAAGAACCCCUGCCUCUUGAAGUAUCCAAAUUCGACCUGGGCCAGCUGUAUUUACUGUCUCAUUGAGGUUCCCGCCUCUCAACUGCAGCCUAACUACAAGCUGGCGGCGCGGAUUCGCGAGGUUCAGCGGGCCAGAACACGAUUUGAGUUUUGUCCCCUUUGUAAUAAAGCCGUUGAGCAGCGAAUUCAAUGUGAGCACUGUAUGCUUCAGGUCUGCUUCACAUGUCGCAAUCAGCACAUGAAAGUUGUGAGUUUCACCAUUUUCUAUUAA